CCUACAAUAUUAAAUCCACCACUGAACUUGAAUAAAUGAAAGAUGCGAGUUCUGUAGCCAUCUGAUAGGCACAUACUCCAAUCAGUAAAACAAUUCUGUAUUUUCGGUUGUCUAUUAAAAUUAAUAGAAGUUGGGACCUUUAGCAUGUCACAGGGUAGGGAUCCAAAUUUCCAGACAAAAUACUUGGUUAAUAGCAGGAGGUUGUCUCUUUUAUAGCACGUGACCAAAGAAAGUACCUCUUCUACAUUGUAAAACAGUGGAAGAGACAUGGGCAAUUAGCACAAGCAAAACAUUUUCACUUGAUAAGUCAAUCUGGGCUGUUUUUUCUGCCCUGUCAGCAGUGUCUGAAGACAAAGGAGACACAGCAGCCCCAGGAGACAGCUUGUCUGCCCAGCGGUUUUUCUGGGGGAUCGCUUAAUUUCUUUUAGAAAGCACAUAGCAAACCUUCUAGGUGUCAAAAUUUAAUAUGCCACAUAGCAUGCUGCAGCAACUGACACCAUGGGACAUGUGAAAGGCUAUAGCAAAUUGGUGUCUUUAGGAAACAUACUUCUGUACUUUGUCUCCACCUCCCUAGUUAUCAUAACAAUCCCUUGAAUAGGCAAUAAGAUGUGGUCUUGUCUUGAGUAAUUUGAUAAGCAGUUGAUAACCAACAGUUCAUUAAACUCUUGGGAUAUAUAAGCCACAAGGUUUUCAGCAUGCCCCUGCACUUGGGGGGUUUGACAGCUCCCUGCUCAGCAGCCCAGGAGUCACUGGAAGAUGGUCUUGACUGCAAAAAUACUUGUUUUUGCUGUGAGUGGUUUCCUAAGAGUGGCAACAGGCUUUGACAUUGGAUUAUCCACAAAAUGUGUAGUGAUACCCAAGGAGAUGGACAUGUGCCACAAGAUUGGAUACUCUGAAAUGAGGCUUCCCAACCUGAUGGGACACACAAGCAUGGCAGAGGUUAUCCUAAAAUCUACCACCUGGCAGCACCUUGCUCAUACAGACUGUCACCCUCACGUGAGGACAUUCCUGUGCUCCCUGUUUGCACCCAUCUGUUUAGAUACGUUUAUCCAUCCUUGUAGGAGUAUGUGUGUUGCCGUCCGUGACAGCUGUGCCCCUGUGCUCGCCUGCCACGGACACCCCUGGCCUGACAGUCUGGACUGUGACCGAUUCCCUGCGGACGAGGACAUGUGCCUGGCAUCUCUUACAAAGGAAUAUAAAUACUUGCACAAAGUCCUACCAAAGCCUGCCUGCCAGACCUGCCCAGCAGUGGAGGAAUUCUUUACGCACAAAAGAGUUCUCGAAGUUUUCUGUGACAGUAACUUUGCAGUGAAAGUAAAGCUGUCCAAGAAGAGAACAGUAUUUGGUGACCAAGAGUAUAACAUUGAAUGCCAAGUGGAAUUCAUUACCCCGGGCUCACUCUUGCCUUAUGAAACUCAGAGUAUGAUACAAAAGUGGCUGCUUAUCAAUGAAAACUGUAUGCAGAGGAUGACUCCGACCUAUCGUCCCAUGGUGUAUCUCCUUGUGGGGAAUAUUGAAGAGGGCAUCAUUUUAGUAAACCAGGUUUAUCGUUGGCAGAGGAGGGACUCCCAGCUGAAUUUGGCCACUCAGAAGUGGAGAUACCAUAAAUGCUUGUAAAUAUUUACCAUGUUAUUUGUAAAAAUAUGAUUAUACUUCUCAUGCCAAACCUAUCUUGUAAAUAGGAAUGUAUUAUAAGUGGAAUGUAAAGUCUUAAUUUCCUUUUAAAUUGUAUUAUAAAUUGAACUUAAAUCCCAGUGUUAUCAGACCUCCUUUCUGUAUUGUUACAGCUAUUCACAUCAGGUUUGAA